AUUGUCGUCUACACGUGUCUCUCAAUGAGGGUACAUAAACCAUUCCUCCUAGCCCUCGUGGCCAUCAGCAAUGCGACUCCUCUGGUGCCGCGUCAAAACAUCGAUUUUGUAGUCGUUGACAGCGCCCCGGACCCACCUUCAGCAUCAGUCCCCAUCGGCGUGACCACUCAGGUCGUUACAUACGACUUCGCCGCCGCAACUGCAGAAGCCACCGCAAACCCUCUUCCCGUUGAAGCCGUUGAGAAACGCAAACUCGGAGCUCGCAAUGCUUGCGACCCCAGCCAACCGGCAGCGGACCCAUCCCAACCCCCGACACGGACUCUGCCUUUCUAGCUUUCUCGUCUCUGUCAGCCGCAGCUACCAACGCCCCCGUCCCCUCAGGCUACACCCAGACGUUCUCCAACCUCAAAGGCAGCAGCAGCGCCUACGGCUACAUGGGCUCCACCACCCUCGGGUCCUACGAUCCCGCUCUCUGCGCUUCUAAGUGUAAUGCGAUUACCGGCUGCCUGGGUAUCAAUAUCUACUUCGAGCGGGACCCGACCGUCGAGCCGGCCGCCAGAUGCAACAAUCCCCGCUCCACCACCGUCAUCAAGUGUGUUUUCUGGGGCGGUUAUGUCGAGGCGGCCAAUGCGAAGAACAUGGGCCAGUGGCGUGCGGACUUCCAUGUCGUCAUUGCUGGCUCGAACGGGUACAUGAAGGAGGGCGUCCCUAACGUUCCAGGGUUUACGGGCCAGUUUUUAGGACAGAAGACUAUCAACGCUCCGUCUGACUGCAAUGGCAAGGACACCUUUAUGGGGUCCAAGGUCUUUAGCACCAGCAUCUUUAAUCCAAAUCUCUGUGCGGCAGCUUGUAGAUCACAGAAUGAGUACAACACGGCGCACCCACCCUCCGAUGGCCACAGGCCCAUGAUUUGCAAGUUCUUUACUACGUAUCUCUUGGCGCAGAACGGAAAUCCUCAGGGGCAGUAUUGUGCUCUCUACACACAAAAAUGGGACAGUUCGUAUGCGACUAAUAAUGGGCAAUAUCGCGGAAACGACCACUAUACCAUCGGCCUCUCUUUCUCGUACUACAAUACCGAAACUCCUGGCUUCCCUGUCUGUCCCAAUGAUAUCGCCUACCUCAGAUCUCAAGGUGCCGAAUUCUGCACCUCAUACAUCAGCUACUCAGCCCCCACCGAAUCUGCAACUGUCUCAACAACCGUAUCCAACACCCAG